AUGGCGGCGCCCGCUCCCCUUUCGGCCGACUCGCUACUGGCGCUGGCCGGACUGCUCUCCUCGGGCUCCGGGAACGGCGACAGCGCGGACGCGCUGCCCCGCUGCCGCCCGAGGAAGGCAAGGCCAUCUGGAGCGCCGAGGAGAUAUGAGAUUGUGUUCAAGCAACAGGUGAGGGCUGAGGAUCUGUUCCUAGGCACGAGCAGAAAGGACCCCUCCACUGCCUGCUGCGAGGACAUGCUGAUUAAAAUUAAACUGCCGGACACAAAAGCUUCAGACAUUACCCUUGAUAUACAAGAAAAGCUCCUUGAUUUUCGGAGUCCCCAGAAGCGGCUCCUUUUGCAUCUACCUCAUCCAGUGGACACCACCAAUGGGAGAGCCCGUUUUCUGUCUGAACAGGCUACACUGGAAGUCACUUUGAGGAUGAAGCGAGAAUUGGAUUUCAUCAACUUUGCAUGAAGAGAAAGAAGAAUCAGCCGCUCAGAGGCCCAGGGGAGAUUUUCUAGUGAGGUAAUUGAGAGAAGAAGAUCCUGCCACCUGUUCCAAAGAACUACUGAAGUGUCCAAUAGGCCUUCGUGCCAGCAUCAGGAUACCUUGAGGUCUGGCUGUCCUACCCUCUUCUUGAAUUCUGACACUGAAAUAUUUCUAGGAGGCCUCUGGCUUCUCCACUUUCCUUAAUUGUUGCUUCCUUGGGGGGGGUCCAUUCCUCCAACAUCAGGGGAUCAGCAUGUGGGGGACAACAGAUGCAAAGUGGGAUCAUAAUGGCUGAGCUGCUAACUGCUCUGACUUCUGUGGCAUUUAUAGAUAAUAAAAGUCCUGUCCUUU